AUGUCCCUCUUCAACGCGCCCGCUUUCUCCACGGCCGCUCUGCUCUCCGGCCCUUUGGCCGGCUGCUAUUCGCCCCAGCCGCAUCCUCAUCCGCAUCCGCAUCAGCCGCCGGCGGCUUGCGUGCCGGGUUCGAGUCCGGCCUUGACGUCUCCUUCGUCGCCGGCGGCAGCGGCU